UUAAGGAGAACCUUGCACAAACUUUGCUGCAAGCUGAGCUCGCAGCCUCCCUCCCUUCCCUCCUCGCCUGCUGCCGAGAUGCAGAAGCAGCGCCGGAGCUCUACCGAUCCUCUCUGCUCUGACUGUUGCCUACCGCUGCUGCGGGAGGGGACUGGCUGCCACACGCUGUUUCCAUCCAAGCAGUGAAGCACGCGAAGAGAAGUCUCCUUGCCCCUUCUCCUACUGCCUGUGAAGGAAGGGCAUCAGCACUGGUGCUGUUGGGUCAGUCAGUUGCCAUCUCAAGACCUGGAGUAAGAGCCAUCUCUGCCAGCAAACCAUGUGAAUUCAGGAGCAGAGAAGAAAGUGCAUUUGGCAUGCCUGUUGCUAAAAAGACAAUAUCCUGACUCCAGCAGUAAGACAACAAACCUUUCCUGCACAAAUCCCACUACUUGGGAGGAGAUGUUCCUAGAUAAAUCACCAGCAAGCUCAUGGUCUGAAACAGCUGCUCUAGUGCCCAGUCCCAACACCCCUGCCUGCUCUGAAAGAAAGACAACUUGUUGACUAUUCCUAAUGAGAAGCUCAAAACUAUGUAUUUUAAGCAAGUGUCAGUAACCUAAAGUGGAUUAGGAGAGACAAGAUUGCAACCUUCCUUGGCUCAUACAGGGAUAAACCACCUGCUGUGGGAGAAGCUGCAGAAAGCUCACUCUGGAGAUGACCUACUGAAAGACGGACCCGAGCAUUUUCAGGACAAAAGAGAAGCUUGGUGGCAGUGUAAAACACAAGUUUUGUGCUUGUUAUCAUUGUAAGAGCAACUUGAAAAAUGAUUUACAAAGCCCUGUCUCAUGCAGUCUGCUUAACUCUGUGAAACAGAGUCGUGAGACCAAGACAAUGGAGCAUUCCUUGCUGAAUUCUACUAAGAAGACGUCCUGCCAUCUGUUCUAAGUCUCCUCUCUUGACCUGCUUUUAGUCUGGUGAGGUAAGACAUGAAAUUUGACAAUAAAUAGGGAAAAUGGACCAAAGCUGACAGAGAGCGAUGACUGAGAUUUAUUUCAAAUUCCGUGGAAACCUGACUGGCCGUGUCCACUUUCCAACUCUGGCUACAGAAGUAGACACAACAGCAGAUAAAUAUUCCAGCCUGUACAUUUACGUGGGAUUGUUCUUAACACUUCUGGCUAUCCUUCUCAUUUUGCUUUUCACCAUGCUUUUGCGCCUAAAGCAUGUUGUUUCUCCAAUCACCACAUCUCCAGAGAGCACUGAGAAUGCUCAGCAGUUCACAGAUGUGGAAAUGCGCAGCAGGAUUCCUACAACUUAGAGACCCCAAUGCAAAGAAGGCUCUGUGUUUGUGAAACAUAUUUUGUUCAGCAAAAUUGUGGUGGAAAGAAUCUCUGCGUGCCUGUUGAGCCCUACAACUUAUUGCACAACCAUCAACAGCAGCACAGAGCAGCUGGUGAGUGUCAUGCAACUCAGACACUGACUGGCUGGGACACACUGGCUGUUGACACUACAAGCAACAUGUGUGCAACACCCUCAAUAAAAUUUACAUUAUGGAAACCUACUGCUGUCAACAGACUCAUAUCCUUCUAAAAGUCCUUGCAGAAAAUGGUAAAAGUCACAAGAAUGACAGCAAAAAAUAAAAAUACAAAUAGAAAACAGAGAGAUUCAUACCAGAAUGUGUGCUGGACCCUGUAUUUGCUGACCUAUCUCUCUGCCCUUAAAUUCCUUGGCUGUGAAGAGAUGACUCAGCAAAGUUAAGUGAUGUAACUGCAAAAAGCCUAUUCAAAUGAAGAGCACAUAAAGAAAUGAUCAGUGGUUCAGAAAUUCUCAGACAUUUCUCCCAUUCAGGAAGGAAAAUCUUAAACUGCUUAACUGCUUUUUUUUUUUUCCACUUGAAUGGCAGAUUUGCGCAAUGGAGUUUCAGAAGUAUACGAAUGGUUCAUCACCUGCUGGAACUAUUGGUUUCUCACAUUAAACACCAUACAUUGAGCAGUUGCAUUCCAGAUAUCAGAAAGAGAUGUCGCUUUUGAAAGAAGGAAGAGAAUAAAAGUAAACUUUACCAAAGGUAUAAAAU